ACUACUCGCCUCCUCUUCUUCCCCCAUGUUCUCCUGCUCCGCCUUAGUGCUUUCAGGAUCGCAGAGCAAUGAGGCGCCUUCUCCACCUCCGCCGCCUGGGCUCCCUGGCUCUUCGCUCUCAGAAUCUAUUGGGGACUUUUGGGAGAAGGCCUCAAACAGUGAUCUUGAACCAUACAUACAGCACAGAGGAAGGAAACACCAAGUCUGUUGGACGCUAUCCAAUACCCAAUAAGAAGGAUUUGCCUUAUGACAUAGUAGAACUUAUGGAGGAAGUAGAAGUAAAGAGUGGUUUUUUACCCAAUGUGUUUAAAGUGAUGUCUCAUCGACCAGCAGAAUUCAGAGCAUUCUUUGCUUAUUACAAUGCCAUUAUGAACAAGGAGUCAGGCAACCUAAGCAAGGCUGACAAGGAACUCAUUAUUGUGGCUACGAGUAUUGUCAACAAGUGUCCCUACUGCGUAGUUGCACAUAGUGCUUUGCAUCGGAUAUAUUCCAAGAAACCAACUCUGGCAGAUCAGGUGAUGGUGAAUUGGAAGAUGGCUGACCUCAGUGCUCGAGAGCUGGCCAUGCUUGAAUUUGCACUUGCUGUAUGCCGAGCAGAGAAUAUCACUGAAGAGCACUUUCAGAAGUUGGAGGCUCAGGGAUUUGACCGAGAAGAUGCCUGGGAUAUAGGCACCAUUUCAGCCUUCUUUGCCAUGUCAAAUCGCAUGGCUCACUUCACAGACCUGCAUCCAAACCCAGAAUUCUUCACCAUGGGAAGAGUACCAAGAGAAAAAGAGAAGACCAAAUCUUCCUAACAAAGUCUGCUGGCACCAGAUCUUUGCAGUGAUAUUGGACUCUCAACAUGGAGGCCAAACCUGGUUUAUUAUGAUAUAGAGGUCCCAAGGACGAAAAUGAAAAGGCAUUUGAUGCAAGUGAGAAAGGAAAUCCACUUAGUUUUCGGAUGUACUUAUGCAGUAAUUUUCCAGUAAAGCCUCAGCUGAUAUGAAGCAUCUGAAUUCAUGAUAAGAUCAGACACUGGCUGUUCAGCUUCUUUUGAUUGUAAUCAGUAAUGCACUGUGCUUUAUAAAUACCUACAGGGUUUACACAUUCAUAACAUAUUUUGUUUCUAGUUAGUCCAGUUGGCCCAGCACUUACCUGUUACAGCAAAUCUUUUAUUGGCCAAAAUGUGAAGAAAUUUUUUACUCAAACAUUGGAAAAUAUAUUUAGAAAGAUUCUCUUUCUCAUUUCCUCCCUAAGCAGGUGCCUACUUGAUUGUUGCUGAGAUAAAGACACUUCUGUUUUAAAUUUUAAUCAUGCUGACUAUUUUAUUGUGUGGCUUUUAACAUAUUUUAUAUUAUGUCUUUACAUUUUAAUUGUUUUUUUUUUCUUUUAAAACUCCUCCUGGGUAGUAUAAAAAUAAAUAGGUAUAUAAUCUCUGCUCUG